CCGAGCCUCCUCCGUCCACCUCCCGGUCCCCGAGCCUCCACCCAGCGGCUCUCCCUGUGCCACUGCAGUGAAAACGGUCGCUUAACCAGAACAGGAGCCGGGCUUAGACCAACACGACCCGACCAGUAAGACCAGUAAGACCACCGUCAGUGCUCCGCAGACCUCAGACUCCAGCUCCUUUUUCUGUGCGCCGCCUUUCCUUCACAUCGUCUGGAUUUCGUCAUCGUACCGGCAAGAUGGGCAAUGAAUCGAGCUACCCCCUGGAGAUGUGCUCUCACUUCGAUGCAGAUGAGAUCAAGCGUCUGGGGAAGCGGUUUAAGAAGCUGGACCUUGAUAACUCUGGCUCCCUGAGUGUGGAGGAGUUCAUGUCCCUCCCGGAGCUCCAGCAGAACCCGCUGGUCCAGAGGGUCAUCGACAUAUUCGACACCGACGGCAACGGGGAGGUGGACUUCAAAGAGUUCAUCGAAGGCGUGUCACAGUUCAGCGUGAAGGGGGACAAGGAGCAGAAGCUUCGGUUUGCCUUCAGGAUCUACGACAUGGAUAAGGACGGCUACAUCUCCAACGGGGAGCUAUUUCAGGUGCUGAAGAUGAUGGUGGGCAACAACUUGAAGGACACCCAGCUGCAGCAGAUCGUAGACAAGACCAUCAUCAAUGCGGACAAGGACGGAGACGGACGCAUCUCCUUCGAGGAGUUCUGUGCAGUGGUGGGGGGUCUGGAUAUACAUAAAAAGAUGGUGGUGGACGUGUGAGCGCCCAGCGAGCCCCUCCCCCCUCCCUCCCUCGCUCCUCCACAAUCUCUUCUUCUUCCUCCUCCUCCUCCUCCUCCUCCUCCUCCUCAUCUCAGUGUGUCCACACACUCUCCGUCUAACUCAAUGG